AUGCCUGGUAAACCGGUAGAACGUCCUUUCUCAGAUAUUUUAACAAGUAUCCGAUACUGGGUUAUUCACAGUAUUACAGUUCCUGCUUUAUUUAUUGCAGGUUGGCUUUUUGUAAGUACUGGUCUUGCAUAUGACGUGUUUGGGACUCCGCGUCCAAAUGAAUAUUUUACAGAAGAUCGUCAAGAAGCUCCGUUAAUCACUGACCGCUUUAACGCAUUAGAACAAGUUAAAAAAUUAGCUGGUUAA